ACGCGUGGCGCGCGAGAGCGGGCCGGCUCAGGUGUGUCACAGGCGUUCUCCGUGGGGAGGAAAGGACCUUUCGGAUCUCGUCCAAAGUCCGGCGGAUCGCGCGCGCGGCCCCCGCGUCCACGCCCCGGCAGCCCGCGCGUUCCCGCUCGCCUCCCCGACACCAUAAUGAAGAGCUCCUGCGCGAACAUGAGCGCGAGCGCCCCGGCGGAGAAGUGCGCGUCGGACGGCGGCACGUUCUCCGAAUGCCCCGUGUGCUACGAGCCCUUGGAGGAGGACGCGCGCACGCUCAGCUGCGGACACGUCUUCUGCCACGGGUGCCUGGUGCGCACGCUCGUGACCGGCGCGGGCCCGCGGGCGGCCGCGCGCGGGUCCAUCGUGUGCCCCAUCUGCAGGCACCUCACCUUCAUCACGCCGGGCCUGGCGACCCACGGGAAGCUCCCGGACAAGCGGCAGAUCUUGGAGGUGCCUUCGCUCGAAGCCCACGCGCCGCUCCUCCUCGCGGAGCCCCCCCAGCCGGCGCUCUUCCGCUUCGCCAGCUCCUGCACCUGGCUGCCGGGGCGCUUGGGCCGGCCGCGCGCCACCCACCCCGCCCGAACGACACACAUCUUCGUCAUCAGCAACCAGGGUCGGCCCAUGGCCGAGGAGGACCAGAUCAGCGUGGACACCACCACCACCACUAGUGCCACGGAGUCGCUCGCGCGGCGCGUGCGGCCAAACCUCUGCAUGAGCGCCUUCUGCGUGCUGCUGCUGCUCGUGACCCUCAGCCUGCUGGCGGGCGCCGCGGGGGUCCUGCGCUGGGUACUGCUGGGCUAGGCUGCCUUCCGUGAUGGGGCAGCAGGUGGCGUGCUGGUUAGAGCGCUCACCUUGUAGUCAAAGGGCCCGGGUUCGAAUCCUACCUCCUGCAGCAGGGCCC